UGGCAGCUGCGCUUUUUCCUUUUCUUCAACUUGUUCUUUAUAUACAAUUAAUAAGAACCAAGGAAGCAACAGAGAGACGGAGAUCAGAGAUCAGAGAUCAGAGAGAGAAUGGUUGGACCUGGGAGGCCACAGUUUGUGUUGUUCGGCUCAUCGAUAGUACAGUUCAGUUACACUGCAGAAGGAUGGGGCGCUAUUCUCACUGACAUCUACUCUCGCAAGGCAGAUGUUUUUGUGCGAGGAUACAGUGGUUGGAAUUCCAGGCGAGCUCUCCAAGUACUUCAUAAAAUUUUUCCCAUGGAAGCAGCUGUUCAGCCUUCGCUGGUGAUAGUCUAUUUUGGUGGUAAUGAUUCGAUGCGUCCUCACCCAAGCGGCCUGGGUCCUCAUGUGCCUCUUCCUGAAUAUAUUGAAAACAUGAGGAAGAUUGCUACACAUCUCAAAAGCCUUUCCGAGAAGACACGCAUAAUCUUUCUUACUGCUCCUCCAGUGAAUGAGGCAAUGAUCCAUGAAUUCACAGGAAAUAAAUUUGAUGAGUAUGGUCGGACAAAUGAGGCCUGCCAAAGAUAUUCGAAAGCUCUAAUAGUGAUGUGCCAUGAGAUGGAUAUCAAGGUUGUUGAUCUUUGGACAGCAAUUCAGGGAUGCGAUGAUUGGUUGACAGCUUGCUUCACGGAUGGAAUCCAUUUAUCAACCGAGGGCAGCAAGAUUGUCGUGCAGGAAAUCUUGACGGUCCUCAAGGAGGCCGACUGGGAGCCGAGCCUGCACUGGAAGUCAGUCCCAACUGAAUUUGCCGAGGAUUCGCCAUAUGAUCUUGUCGGUCCUGAUGGUAAGACCACUAUAAAUGUAUCUGAGACCAACUUUCACUGGGAGAACGAGUGGGAUUAAAGUCUUGGGGCAUAAUCCUGAAAGCUGAAUGGUCCCAAAAAAGGAUUUUCAUAUUUGCUUGCUUCCCACCGCAUAAGAGGAUGCAAAAUCCUUGUGUUGUCAGUCCUCGUAGUAGAGCAUCAUAGGUCUUGUUUUUCUGGUUAUGCAAAUGGAAUGAACUGAAUUGGAACUGAUCAGAUUUUGCUUUCUGGUAAUCAAAAUAACUGCAACGGUGGCUCGUCCUUGCUAUUUCUAGGAAA